UAGUUAAGAAUGUACGAAUAAAAUAUGAUGUGGAUAAAAAUGUAAGUAAAGGUUUUGCUUUUUGUGAAUAUAAGGAUGUCGAAACAUGUUUGCUGGCGUUUAAAUAUAUUAACGGAUAUGAAAUUAAAGGAAGAAAAUUGAAAGUUUUUUGGGCUAAUGAAGAAUAUAAAGAUAAAUAUGGACAUCCCAUAUCAUACAAUAAUAAUAAUAAUGAUAAUUUAAAAAGUAAUAAUUUAUGUGAUAAUCAUAUAAAAAAUAAUUUUUUAAAUAAUAAUAAUAAUAAUAAUAAUAAUAAUAAUAUAUCAUUAUAUAAUCCUAAUUCAUGUACAAAUAAUUUAUUUAUAAAUAACUCAAAAAAUUUAAUAAAAAAUAAAUUUGAUAAAAAAAAAGUACCAAUAUUAUAUAAUGAAGAUAAUAUGAAAGAAGAAAAGAAUUCGACAAACAUACAUAAUUUACUUAUUCUAAAUAAUAAAAUAGAUAAAUCAAAUAUUAUGAUAAAUAAUACAAACAAUGAUAAUUAUAUAAAAGUAAAUAUUUCCAAUAUUGUUCAUACACUCACAACCACUCAAAUUAUUUAUAUCCUAUCCUAUUUUAAAAAACUUGCUUUACAUAACGGAAAGGAAUUAAUGUGUUAUUUAAAGAAAAAUAAAAAUAUUACAUACGCCCUAUUACAUAGCUUAUUUAUUCUGAAUAUUAUUAAUGAUUAUAACGAUAUGAAUUCUUUAGAUGUAUAUACAAAUUAUGAUUCUCUCUUAAACAAGAAAGAGAGAAUUCUACAGAUGAACCUGAGUAAUAUAUCCUUAGAUUAUAAGAACAAGGACAUAAACAAAAGAGAUAUGGUUUUUAAAAGUAAAAAUAAUAAUAUGACGGUGCCACAAGCAGCUUCAAAUAAAUUCUUUUUGAACAAUAUGAAGAAGGAAGCACAAUCUACCGGAGUAUACAAAAUGAACAAAUUGGAUAAUGUGAAUAAUGCAAUGCACAUAAAUGAUCAUAAUAAUAAUAAUAAUAAUAAUAGUGUGAUGAAUACACCCUUUGUCAGUAAAAAAAAAGAGCAAGAUAAUUUUUCAAAAUCCAAAUGCGGAACGUCCACACUUUACAAUAAUAAAAAAAGGUUUAUACAAAACGCAGAUAGCAUGACUACAACAAACUACUAUGAUAAGGGAAUGCAUAAUAUAAAUAAUAAGAACGGUUCUAGUUUUAUUAUUAAUAAUAAUAGUAAUCUAAGUCUUUAUAAUAACAUGAGGAAGAAAAAGAAAAAAAAGAGAGACUAUAAAAAUGCAGAUGGAAAUACGAAAACUAAUGCUAAUCAUAAUUUUUCUCAAAGAGAUGAUUAUGGUGUAUAUAAGAAGAAAAAGUUGUAUAAUGAUAAGGAUCCUUUGAUCGAUACGAUAAAUGAAGAUAUGUAUAAUAUGAAUAAUGUAAAUAGUUUGAAUAAUAUAAACAGUUUGAAUAAUAUAAACAGUUUGAAUAAUAUAAACGGUUUGAAUAGUAUAAACAGUUUGAAUAAUAUAAACAGUUUGAAUAAUAUAAACAGUUUGAAUAAUAUAAACAGUUUGAAUAAUGUGCCGACCAAGGGACUGUAUCAGAAUGUAUUUCAUGGGAACACAACACCAAAUAACGAUAACAGAAAAAAUGAACAAUUUAUAGAUGAAAAUAAUUAUGAAGAAGAUAAAUAUUUGAAUAAUGUUUCUGUUUUAACAAAUGGAACUUAUGAUAAUAAGAUGAAUGAUAUUCCAGAUUAUAUGCGUACAUUAGAUAAAAAGAAUAAUAUUCAUAAUAUGAAUACUAAUAUAUAUUAUAAUAAUUUAGAAAAGAGAGCAGCAGGUGGAUUGUAUAAUACUAAACCGGUUGUAGAGAUGUCACCUAUUGAUAGUAUGAAUGAUGAGUUUACACAAAAUAAUAAUAACAAUAAUAAUAAUAAUAAUAAUAAUAAUAAUAAUUUAUAUGUCCAUGAGAAAAAUAAGACCAACGGAAAUUUAAUCAAGGAUUUGAAAAAGAAAACAAAUAAAACAGCAAAUACAAAUAUAUCCAAGGAUAGUAAUAGUAAUAAUAAUAAUAAUAACAAUAAUAAUAAUGUUCAUACAAAUUGUGUAUUAUAUAAAAACAAUCAAAAUAAUGAACACGUUGUGUUAGAUGAUAUAUAUACAAAUAUCGAUUUACCAGAUGAAGAAUUAGUUAAUGAGGUUAUAAAAAAUACAGACAUAUUAAAUAAUAUUUUGAAAUCAAAAAUAGAAAAUAUGAAAUUGUGGAAUAAUGAACAAAGAAUACAAGUGUUAUCAAUACAAAAGGCUUUACAAUUAAAAGGAUAUACACUAAAAUGA